AUGGUUGAAAGUCUUGAAGAGAAACAGGUCGAAUGGUCGCGUGUUCACUCUAAGAGUUUUGAGUACGAAAUUCAAAAGCUUCAUGAUGGUCCCAAGGAGCGUCAUGAUAUUUUUGUGGAACAAGUAACGAAGGUGAAAGAAUUUGUGGAUCUUCAGUUGGUUAAACUUAAGUUAGAAAUGGCCAAAGAAGUAGAGAAAAUGGAGAAAAACUAUGUAGUGUUACACAGUAAAGUUGAUGUUGUUGCAGAUGCUAUCACGACAUUAGUUGAAUUCAAUACUGCUUAUUCGACCAUUCUUGAAGCGAAAUCGGAGUAG